AUGCGAGCCCGAUCAGAGGGCCCAGGGCGUAAUCUGUCUCCGAGGACCGGAGUACCCCGUAGUCCUGCAGUGGUGUCGUCGCAGGGCAUUCUGCGGAGCCCAUCUCUGAAGAGCGGGGCAAGUCCGAUGAGUACGCUGGGGCUGGGGUGGAAACACGGCCAACAGAGCCCGACGGGGCACGUAGCGCAGUACCUGUCGCCACUAUCGGCAGACUCCUCGUCCGCGCCAAGCCGCAAGACGAGCAUCACCGGGCUCUCGACGCUGCGGGGGGGCUCGCCGUCGCGGAAACCGCGGUCGAACUCCGUCAGUAGCAACUUCAAGAUGGCGGAGGACGCGGAGAAUAACACGCCAACGCUGGUGCUGCCGCCGAGCCUGGCGUCGCUGAACUCACAGUCGACUCUCUCGACAGUCUAUACGGGGAAUCCUGCCGCCGCGGCCAACCCAGAGGCGUCGUCUAGCUCGUCGAAGUCUGGUAACAGCGCCACGAGCUCGCUGCGCUCGGGGUACAAGCCGAUGAAGCGCCAGUACGUGCUGAACGAGCAGCUGUACCUGUCGCGCAUGAAGAACAGUCACCUGGACGACUACUACACCCGGGGGAUUGCGCCUACGAUGAACGAUGAUGAGGAAGAUGACACAGAUCUGGAUACGCCAGACGUUAAUAUAGACAACGACGACCAGGCUUUUGGCUCGAACGUGUUCACGUUCCACGACCGGGAGACAUCGCGCAGCGUUGAUAACGAGCUGGUGAUGUUGAGCACAAAGCACCUCCUCGGGAAGAUGAACUGGCUCCGAGAACUAGAUCCGGGAAAUCCAGAUAUCGAGGCGCCGCUAGAGUUUCUGGCGCGGGCGGAAAAUGUCAGCAUCAACAGCGCAACGCCGCAAGAUAAUCGCCAGGACAUCGAGGGGAUGCUGGGAAAGCUCUCUCGGAACCCGCUGGUGCAAGAGCGGCUCGAAUGGCAAACCAUGCUCUGGAACGUGCUGCGUGGCGAUAUCGUUAACUCUGAGAAAACGAAGCUGGCGGAACAGCGCACAACUGAUGAGUUGACUACCCAGUUCAGUGACGAGUUAUGGCUGGAGCUCAAGUCCUGGUUGUACGGCCGGAGUGUUGAGGACCAACGCACAUGGCUUCAAUAUCUGCGUGCGUCGACUGAUAGUAUUUUCGAGCGUAUUAUAGAGUUUCGACUAGAAGAUGAUAUUGAAAUACCCGAUGCAGUUGUAAAGGUUGAGAGUCUCCUGAAUGAGUACUAUAAAGUCAUUCCAUAUUGGAAGAAUUGCCAACAGAUGUACAAAGAAAAACCCAUAACAAACUCGGAUGACUUCAAGCUCCGAAUCGAGACACUUAACACAUAUGUUGUUAUGUACGCUGCGUUCAAGACAGAGAUAACUGCCUUGCAUCAGUGGAUAGGCAAUGAUGACCCGGAGGCUGAAGGAGCUGCCGGUGGAAUAGAGGACAUAAAGUGUGCCGAAAAACCAAUUGCUGAACAAGUUUUAAAGGAAAAAGAUAUUGAGACGAUAUUUCAAAAGAAGAUUUUUUACCGCCAUGGCCCUUGGGUAUUCAAGGCUAAACUUGCAGCUAUCGAAUACGGUGACUAUUUUAAUCUGAUGAACCUUCCCAGCUUAAACGGUUACCUAACCACCUUAAUUACUUUUCCCAUGAAAUUAAUCAAAGAAAUUAUUCUCAUUAGAUUGAACUAUGCUAGAAAACUACAGAAACCUACAAUGAUGAUGAUUGAUCAAAUGAUUGAUGACUUCAAAUCAUAUAUUAAGCUCGCUGUCCAGAUCAUAUAUACUAUUAACCUUUACUGUAGCAACAAGGAGCUUCAACUGGGAAACGUGAUAGACGAUACAUUUGAUAAAACGGUGAAUGAUGCCAUAUCAUAUUUUUUUAAGCUACUGAACUUAAAGCUAGUUGACUCUACAAAAAAAUCGUUUAAAAACUUUAAGGAACCUGAAGCAUUGUUCUCACAUUGGGAAGAUCUAAAAAACGUUGGCUGUCACAUAGAUGGUGCAAACGAAGUGGUUCCCACAGGCUUCGUUAGCCUCACACUAAGACUGCUAAAUAAACUGCACGCAUAUAUUCUGAAGGAGCAGAAUAGUGUCACAGAAAAAGUAUCCAAGGCUGAGUGCGAAAAAUGGAUCAUGGUUACAUUAGAAAAUAUUGGCUUGUUCAAAAGAAAAAUGAACAGAUUUUCAAAUGUUCUAACGAAGGCGCUGCAGAAUUCCGCAAACUAUCGCAUUAAUGAUAUUCGGCUGCUAUUACAAAACCUUAAAGAUACCGGUCAUUUCUUGAUCUAUACUGGAGGAUAUCUGGAGGAUAGUGGGACAUACUUAUUCGCUAGUAAGGAGUUACUAGGGUAUUCCGGCACUGAUAUACUGCGGAUAGUGAAGGGAAUGGAAGUAGGCUCUGACUUGAUCCCAGAGGUCUCCAUAACAAACAGUCUCUCUGUCUACACCGCAAUAGAACAAGGUGUAUGUUCCGAUCCGAUAUUUGUACAGGAAGAGAGACCUGAUGGACUUUCCUACUACCAUGUCCAAUCCGAGUGCAAUAAGCGGCAUAUAGGGAAAAGUCGUGGGAAGAUUAUUCAUUCAUACGAUUCAUUUUAUGGUUCAGAAACUGAAGGAAGUGAACUAUAUGAAUUGGAACGCAAACUAAAGUCACUCGGCUAUUUGGUUGCUGUAUGUCCAGACGAGCCAAUCUUAUGGGAAGGAGAAAUGUACAACCUAUCCUAUGAAAAGCAACUGAACGCAGAAGAUUUUCCUGUCAAUAUUACCCCAGGCAUGUUAACUUUAAUGGCGCAAGGCUCAACUUACUCCAUGGAGUAUCAGUGUGACAAAUUCCAGCACUUUGCUGGUAACUCUGUUGUAUUCACUGAGAAGCGUUGUUCAAUCGUUCCUGCUGAGCAAACCUUGCAAAAGAUCAACAAGGCGUAUUUUCGAAUCACAUACCAUACUCUUGCCCAUCAUCACAAAUUGGUCAGCACUAUACAGCGCAAGUUCAGAGGUUUUGAGUCGCUUAAUACUGUAUUCAUCUUCUGCAGAGACUUUGCGAAGAAUUUCCUGCGAUCCAACGUAGCCUCAUAUGAGACAAAAUCUGUAAUCAUCAUGCAGAUGCUGAAAGUCAGUAUCGGAUGGCUAACUUUCCUUAUUGAUGAUUGUGAUCCAAAUGAUCCAAAAACAUUUAGAUGGUGUGUCCUAGCAAUGGAAUUUGCAAUGCAGAUGACUAGUGGUUGGAACAUUUUGGGUAUAAGUGGAGAACAGUUCAAAACUCUCAAGGACAAAAUAUCUGGAUGUAUGGCUUUGUUAAUCUCACAUUUUGAUAUAAUGGGAGUAAGGUCAAGGGAAGCUGAAAAUACUGUGAUGCCGCAGGUGCGUGCGAUCAUGGAUUUUGAAACUGAUGAUGAAGAAACAGUUCAGCAACUGAACACAAAGAUGCGUCUGAAGGCAAUCAACGAAUUGGAACAGAACACGGUUAACACCCGCCGCCAAGUUGGUAAGGUUUUGGAUGCAACAGAUAAGGAUAACCAAUACCUGUUGACUUUGGCCUCUUCGCUCUCAAAUGUGUCUAUCAAGUGGCAGAAGCGCAGCUUUAUCGGCGGGGGCUCCUUUGGCUCGGUGUAUUCCGCAGUUAACUUGGAUACAGGUGACAUCUUGGCGGUGAAAGAAAUCAAGUUCAAUGACAGAAAGACCAUAAAACAGGUCUUCCCAUCAAUUCGCGAUGAAAUGACUGUUCUUGAAAUGCUGAACCACCCCAACGUCGUCCAAUACUACGGCGUGGAAGUCCAUAGGGACAGGGUGAAUAUCUUCAUGGAAUACUGUGAAGGUGGAUCUCUGGCGAGCUUGUUGGCCCACGGCCGCAUAGAAGACGAGAUGGUCACGCAGGUGUACUCCCUACAGAUGCUUGAAGGCCUGGCCUAUCUACACGAAUCCGGUGUCGACCAUAGGGACAUCAAGCCUGAGAAUAUACUGCUCGACUUUAACGGCAUAAUUAAGUACGUGGAUUUCGGCGCCGCAAAGGUCUUGGCCUCCAAUGGGUCGAAGAAGCUAAACCUGGAACAGCACAUGGAAGGGGAAAAGAUGAUCGGCACCCCGAUGUACAUGUCCCCAGAAGCCAUUAGUGGCACAGGAUACGGCAAGUUUGGCUCCGACGACAUCUGGUCGUUGGGUUGUGUUAUACUUGAGAUGGUAACAGGAAGAAGACCAUGGGCAAACUUGGAUAACCAAUGGGCCAUCAUAUACCAGGUUGCUGCUGGCCAGAUCCCUAUGUUCCCCUCGAAAAAUGAGAUGUCCCAGGCUGGCAUUAAGUUCUUGUCCAGGUGUCUGAUUCAGGACCCUAAUCAGAGAUCCACAGCUGUUGAGCUACUGAUGGAUCCAUGGAUUAUUGAGAUUCGGACCAUUGCAUUUGGAGAUGAUACAGUAGAGCCUGUUUCAAAGGAACGCCCGCUUAAUUCAUGA